GCGCCAUCAGCCAGCAUCCCUGUUAAGACCUGCAGAAACCAGAUUCAGAGCCGGAGAAGCUGUCUGACCACAGCCAUGGAAGAGUACUUCUCUGCCAUCCACAAGAUGGAACAAGUGGUUAUGUUUCCCAGCCUCCUCAGAGGCGUCUACAUGGAACAGCAGGAUGACACAUCCACUGGUGAUUUUGGCAACAGGGACCUGUAUGAGUACUACAUCCAACUGAAAUCCAUCAAACUUACAGUGGAAGGUAGACUGGAGCCUCUAAAUGAAAGCAAACACCAAAUCACCAGCAGAGACGAAGUACAAGAGAACGAAGAAGAGGCCGAUCUUGAAGGACUGCUUUAUCAUCACUUUACAGGCUUGUAUCGUGUCCUGACCCAUCUGACCAGAAAAGCCAAUGCCCUGACCACAAAAUACAAUGAAAUUAUAGGACAGAUCAACCAGAGUGAAAUGACACAUACCUGGUGAAACAUCCACCAAUAACUUCAAAAGGUGAGACCUCAUAUGUUACAUCUCU